CGCAGUCCAGCGGAGUCCGAGGGCUGUGUCAGACUGCUCCGCUGCCAUGGCGUCCUACUUCGAUGAACACGACUGCGAGCCGUUGGACCAUCAGCAGGAUGCCCGAACUAACAUGCUGCUGGAGCUCGCAAGGUCACUUUUUAACAGGAUGGACUUUGAAGACUUGGGGUUGGUAGUAGACUGGGAUCACCACUUGCCUCCACCUGCUGCCAAGACAGCAGUUGAGAACCUCCCCAGGACAGUCAUCAGGGGCUCUCAGGCUGAGCUCAAGUGCCCCGUGUGUCUUUUGGAAUUUGAGGAGGAGGAGACUGCCAUUGAGAUGCCUUGCCAUCACCUCUUCCAUUCCAACUGCAUUCUGCCCUGGCUGAGCAAGACAAACUCCUGCCCCCUGUGCCGCCAUGAGCUACCCACUGAUGAUGACACUUAUGAGGAACACAGACGAGAUAAGCAGGCCUGAGUAGGCCACACGGUCCCUGACUCUGGCCGCCUUCCCAGUGACUUUGCUGAGGAGCCAGAGCCUUGGCAAUGAUGUUAGGGGCCUGAAAACAGUGAAAGCCAGCCUCACGAUGGCUACUCUACCCCUUGACCCACAGGCCUUCAGGUAUGGCCCAUGCCCAGCACGCUCUCUUUC